GCUCAUUGCUCAUGGUCUACUGCAGCAAUAGUACCACAUGUGGACAGCCUGAAUUUCUCUGUAACAGGUAACAGUAUCACGGGUAACAGAUAAAAGUAAAUAACUAUACUACUACAACUAACCAUACGCAGACCUGGAUAAUAAAACAGCAUUAUAAUUUUUUUCAAUAAUUAGAUACCACUAUAGGCCUAGUUGUUUUGUAAAUCUGAAAUUAGCGAAACAUGUAGGUUACUCAUCCAACGUUGUUUCGUAUUUUCACGUUGUCUUUGUAUUACUGUGUUUUAAUAGGCUAUAUUUGUCAUAAUAUUUGUCAUAAAUAUUAAACGUUUCGGUGAGUCUGUCCGAAUGUUUAAUAAUGUGCGCAGUCUAUCUGAGACCAUGUGGCACAGGACAGUAAUUGCAAAAACAUUUACCACAUCACGAGCUACACCUGUGCGUUUUAUGGUUUACGCUUUAUAGUGCGGUUUUUAACCUUGUUAGGCUACUGCAGUGUAAUAAUAUGAAAUUAUGAAUAUGAAAUAUGAAUAGGAAUUUUAACUGUUUUCUUAAGUGAAAAAAAAGUAUACAUAUAACUUAACCAAAAUGUAUUUUUGUGACUUCAUUUGCUUUUAGAAAAAUAUGCCUUUUUACAUUUUAAUUAUUAAAAGCUAUGGUCUUCUGUCUCAGAGUUUAGGAACAGCUGAACAUCACUACUGCGAUAUUAUAUAAUAACAAAAAGAUGCCUAUUGAUGACUAAUAAGUGAUACCACCUGAAAAAAAAUAUGGUGAGCGCAAAAUUCAUUAUGACCACGUGGGGGAGACUGGCGCUCACAAAUGUGUCCUCUUUCUUUUUAUAACCAUUGUCCCAAAAGUUCGCACACUACAGUUGUCUGCCACUGUAUUUUACAGUAGCCUAUAAUACAAAAAGGCCAAGUGAAGGUAAACUUUACUAAGUAGGCCUGCCUACCAAGUACUCCCAAAUGCAAAAUUACAAUUAUCCAAAUAGUUCCGUGUUUAAUUCAUGCUGCAGAUGUGAUUUUCUAAGAGUACUUCUUUGAAUACAUUUUUUUUUUUUUUUUUUUUCAAAUAAUCCAAGGGUUUUAUUUAAUAUAGUGAAUCAUCUCAUAGAUCAUCUCAUUACUCUGAAAAUGGCAUGAGCUGAAAGGAACAGGUAGCUUUCAAACAUCAAAAGUCUAAUUUUUUAGAUUGUCGACGAGUAAACGCUUAAAUGUGCAUCAACAAAUACCUGAGAAAUUACACGAUUUUUUAAAACAAUACACUUCACAAGACAAAUAACUUUUUCUUUUUAUUUUCAGUUUUACAGUUUGCAUGUCCCAUGAAAAUGUUAAAAGACAUUUAAAAAAGUCAGUGGUCUUCUCUCGAAUUGUUACUUUUAUAUAAAAAUGUGAUGCGAGUUUGUUACCAGGCCACUUGAUCUAAAUAUUUGCCUUAAAAAUUAGCCCCACAAACUUACUGUCCCUCCCUAUAGGCUAUGAAGAAGUCUGCAGCACCCACCAGGAAACAUUAACAUUAGAACAUAAAAAUUGAUUUUGUAUGUUCAUUGUGUGUACACAGAUGGGCAUAGGAAUGAAAGAGCCGUGGUGCUUUUGUAAAGCUGUGAGAAACCCGUUUGGAUUGUUUGUUACCGUUUUAAUCCCAUUAAUUAAAACGUUAACCUGAUUGGGUAGCGCGCGCUCAGUCCCGAUAGGCGAAUCUUCUUCAUAUUAAUAGCCCGACUUGAGAUAAUGAUGUAAAAGACUCCCCCUUCUGCUGCUGAUGCUGAUCGCUGCCGAGAUCUACAAAGUGUGUCUCAACACGAUAAACGCAGUGUAGAGCACUUUAGGAGGAGCUACUGCCUCUACACCUCACUUGACAAGUGGAGCAGCCAUCAACAUCAACUCCACUUCAUAGAGUAGAAACUUAAGGAGAGGACAGUGGCUGAGUGAAGCCCCACCAUCGCAUCCGACUUUUCCGGAGACUAUGGACAGGAGAAUAAACUUGGGUGGAGACAUUUUUCACAAAACUCUCAGCGCAGUGUCGAGCAAAAAGAUGGACUCGUUUCGACCGGCUGCGGGUAUUGAUCUUGGUUCCCGGGACAGCCAGUCGCCCAUCAGCUGUUUUGACCAGACAGACCCAGACCCGGUGCAGCCCGGGGGGCGAGCGGGCACGCUGGGUCUGCCGACCGGAUCUUUGUGUGUGAAGUACGGCGAGAGCGCAAACAGGACAUCGGCUGCGGAGAGCAGCGGCGGCGAACAGAGUCCUGACGAUGACAGUGACGGCCGGUGCGACAUGAUGCUCAUGACGGACGGGAGAACGACGGUGCCCGGCGCAAAGUCAGAAGGAGGUAAGAAAAACAAAGAGCAGAAAAUCCUGAGACUAAACAUCAACGCCCGGGAGAGACGGAGAAUGCACGAUCUGAACGAUGCGCUCGAUGAGCUGCGCGCGGUCAUCCCUUACGCGCACAGUCCGUCUGUACGGAAGCUCUCCAAAAUUGCCACCUUGCUCUUAGCCAAAAAUUACAUCCUCAUGCAGGCACAGGCGCUGGAGGAGAUGAGACGGCUGGUUGCGUAUCUCAACCAAGGCCAGGCUAUCUCUGCCGCCUCGCUGCCCGCGACCACAGCUCUCACACCGGGUUUGGGCGCAUACGAGCAGCCGGCUGGUUACCCGUUCCCCGCAGGAGUUGCAGCAUCCUCCUGUCCGGACAAAUGUGCCCUUUUCAACAAUGUCACCUCCAGCCUCUGUAAGCAAUGCACUGACAAGCCUUAAACUCUGCAGCGGUACUGACUCUGGUAGAAGCACAUGCGCAACGUUUGACUCUGAAAAAAGAGAGGCUGAUGUUUUCCAGCAGUUUUACAAUGAGCUCAAUAGAGAAGAAUGCUAAAAACUUUUCUUACAACUUCAUUCCAAGAAAAACUGAUUGUGUACAUACGGUAUAGCCUAUACUUUAAGUGCUGGUGAGAGUGGGAUAAAAAAAAACCAAACAAAGUCUAUGUGAUGAUGAAGAAUGAACAGUUAAUUAACGUGGACCCUUCAGAAUGACGUGUAUCACUGACCUGACAACAUGCAACCAUGUUUUACCUUGUUUAUGAUGCCAAACUUUUCAAGGUUUUUAACUCUAACUUGCAAUAAUAGCCUACGUAUUCUUGCUACUUUGAACUUAUGUUAUGUAAAUGUUUGCUUUCAAGUGCAUCCGUGUUUUAAAAAGCAGCAGCUGGAAGGAGCAGCGUAUUGGACUUUAUUCCAAAGUAGCCUACGUGUUAUUUCGAAAGCGUAGUUGAGAUUGUUCAUUUCAAAAUUGUAAUAUAAUAUAUUGUUAGUUUGGUGGAAUCUUAAAAAGUUGUUUUGCUUCUUUUUUUUCUUUUCUUUUCUUUUCUUUUUAAUUUAUCUAAAUGGAUGAAUUCAAGUGGGUCUGCAUGCCUGGUCUGAUUAUGCAUUGUCAUCAUUGCUGUAAAUCUCGCCGAUUUGGCUUUUUACAAACACACAUGCAGUUUGGAUGUAGGGACGUGGCGGUUUCAACUUGUUGUCAGGUCGAGGCUGGAAGCAAUGUAGAUAUAUUAGUUACAAUAUGACCACAGAGGGCCAUUUGUAUGUGUUGAUGUAUUGGAAAGCUUUAUUAAAAUAUUUUGAUCCAACACA